GUCUUUAUCUACAACAGCAGUAUCUCUUGUCUGUUGUCUCAUACUGUUCUUUUUCCAUUCUUGUUGUUCGUUAUAACAACAAUAACCAUACCUUUCCCAUUUCUCAAAACUGCAAAACUUCACAAACAGAGAGAGAGAGAGAGAAAAAAAAAGUGUCUCUAAAAUGGUUCCAAAGUUCAGUGGUGGCGUUGAUGAUGAUGGUGGAACUGGGCGUGGAACUAAGCCUAUCUGAAUUAACAACACAACCCACCUUUUCAAACUGUAAAAAAAAUCAAAUUUUUAGUUUCAACUUGUUAUGUUAUGUUCAUUUUUCGAGUGUUUAAAAUCAUGGGCUAUCUUGGUUUCUUAGCUUGGCUCUAUAAACUCUAAUUCUAGCUUUUAUGGGACCAACCUUCGUGGUGGUCCAAAUGGUUCAAAAGAAAUGAUCUGGUAUUAAAAGCUCUUUCGACUUUUGGCAAUUGCAGUCGUGUUUUGAAUCGGACUUUGUUCUGUCAGAAAGUAUAUGUUUGAUUUGUUUUCUGAUGAUAUUCUUGAUUUCAACUUCAAAAUUUUGUUGAUUCUGGAUAUCGAUCAAUCUCCCUUAAUACCAGAUAGAUCUGGUAGAGUGUUUAGCUUCACCGUGGGGCAAAUCUCCUUUGGCAAUAUAGUUUCUGAGUCUCAAUCUUGGAAGAGGCAAAUUUGUUAACUACUAUCUGGAAAUUACUUAUGUUUGAAGAUUCAGCUGUAUCGGGCAAAUCUCCUUUGGCAAAAGUUACUUAAUUUUCUUUGUGUUGAUUCUUAGCAUAUCAAAAUAGUAGUUUUCAUCUUCUAUGAAAGUAUCACCUUUCUAAAGUUAUUCCACACUUUCACUAGGACAAAUCUCCUUUGGCAUCUUUUGAUUAUCUUAGUCGGUUUCCUCAACCUUGUUUAAAGUCUCCUUCCAAAAAAUCACAAAAAAAUCUGAUAGUUGUAGCUCCUUGAUACUAGUUUUGCAAACCUCUCUAGUUUCUUUCUGUGUAAAUUCCAGUGCAAACUGGGCAAAUCUCCUUUGGCAAUUCGGAGUCAUAAUAGACUCCAGUUAUCCCUGUCCUGUUGGGCAAAUCUCCUUUGGCAUUUAAUUUUUCAGUUUCAGUGGUGAAGGUAUUCUUUCUUUUCAAGAAACUGGCUUUGUAUCUGUGACAAGCAUAGGUAUCAAUCAGACACAUUUUGUAUUAUAUACAGAAUAUCCUCUGAAGUUGGUAUCGACUCAUCCGUUGUUGAUUGCAAUACAUACGGACUCUGGUGUUUAAUGUUUCUACUAGCUUGGAAAGGCAUAUAGUUGAUGGAAGCUCAGAUGACUGAUUCAGACUGGGAGUCUUCCAGUGAGAGCAGCGGCAGUGACGAUCAAGAGGAUAUUGAUUUUCUCUAUGGUGGCCAAGCUCAGAGCAUAUUAUCAAGUUUAGAGGAAAGCAUCGGUAGGAUAAAUGAUUUCCUCUCAUUCGAGAGAACAUUUGCAUACGGCGAUGUUGUGUGCUCCUUGUCAGACCCAUCUGGACAGAUGGGGAGGGUCGUAAGUGUUGACGUGUUAGUGGAUUUGGAAAACAUUCAAGGAAAUGUAUUAAAAAAUGUGAACUCCAAGAAACUUCUGAAGAUUCGUUCCAUUUCGGAAGGUGAUUGCGUAAUUAACGGUCCGUGGCUUGGUCAGGUUCAAAGGGUGGUGGACAGAUUAAGUGUAUUGUUUGAUGACGGGACUAAGUACGAGAUCACUACCUUGGAAAAUGAUAAGAUUUUAGCACAAAAUCCUAAUUUUCUUGAAGAUUUGCAGUAUCCAUACUAUCCAGGGCAGAGAGUGAAGGUUAAGUCCUCGACCGCUUCUAAAUCAGCUAGAUGGCUAUGUGACAAUUGGAGAGACAAUCAUGAUGAAGGAACUGUUUGUUCUGUGGAAGCAGGUUUGGUGUAUGUUAAUUGGCUUGCCUCGGUUCCUUUAGGUUCUAAUUCAAAUGUGAAUACUCCUCCAUGCUGGCAAGAUUCCAAAAACUUGACCUUACUGUCGUGUUUUCCGCAUGCAAACUGGCAACUUGGUGACUGGUGUAUGCUUCCGGUUGCAGACCAAAAGGAACAAGUUGAACAGAUGAUUCGAGAUUCAUCCGAUAGUUAUCUUCCUAAUAAGCAUAGUAUGGCUAGAGAAUGUAGGAGAAGAAACCUUAACUCUAGCAGGGAUGAAUUGUUUAUAAUUGGGAAGAUAAAGACCAAAGUUGAUAUUAUAUGGCAAAAUGGGGAACAUACUUUGGGCUCAGAUCCGCAGAAUUUAGUUCCUGUGAAUGUCAUAAACACUCAUGAAUUUUGGCCUCAUCAGUUUGUGAUGGAAAAAGGUACUUCUGAUGAUGAUAAAUCUAGCAAUCAAAGAUGGGGUGUCAUUCUAUCGGUCGAUGCAAAAGAGCAUACGGUAAACGUACAAUGGAGAACAGCUCCUACAUCCAAGCCAGAUGAUUUGGCAGGAGAACCAACGACGGAAACUGUGAGUGCCUAUGAACUUGUUGAGCACCCAGAUUUUUCCUGUUGUUUUGGCGAUAUUGUGUUCAAGGCGGCUCAAAAACAGCCCGGUUACCUAGCUGAAAAAUAUAAUGCAAAUUCAAUGAGUGACUUGAAUGUGGAAGCUCCUCUGAAAAACCUGUACCAAAUCAGUUAUCCGAAUAGCUCUGUAGGUAACUGUCACCUGUCCUGCAUUGGCAAUGUUACUGGUUUCAAAGAUGGUCAUGUGGAGGUGAAAUGGGCUACUGGUUUAAUGACCAAGGUUGCACCCUAUGAAAUAUUUCGGAUUGGUAAACAUGAAGCUUCGACUGCAACUCCUGUUUCUUAUGAAACAAGUAUUGAGGAGUUGGCUGAAGAGAUUACUGAACAUGGAAAUCUACCUUCUGACCAGAAGGGAAAGGGAUUGUCAGAUUGUAACAGUGAUAGAGAUAAAUGUGAAAAGCAUCAAGGAGAGAGUAGUUCGUUUUCCCUUCCUCAAGCUGCCCUUGAACUUUUCUCUAGCAUUAAAGCCGGCAUUUUCCAAAAACUUGGCAUGACAUCAUUUUAUGGAGCUGUUUCCACAGUCCCUACAUUUGAAGAGGGAAAUGCGCCCGAUUUUGUUGACAAGAAAGAUUUGGAAACUUGUGGCCCUGAGACUGAUUCACAUCCUGCGAGCAGGUUGCAGUCUACUGAAGACCCAACUCCAUAUGGUGAAGUUAUUAGGAUUCAUGAGAGGAGCAGUGCUCCGGUUUCUUUAGACAGCAAUGGUUCAGAUCAGUUGAAGCGGUUUGAUGUAAUUGAUACUUGUUUAGAUCACCACUUUUUCAAUGAGAGAAAAGGGUUGCCAAUAUCUCAGGUUAAGAAAGAUUGGGCGAAAAAGGUACAGCAAGAAUGGAGCAUCCUGGAGAAAAACCUUCCUGAAACUAUUUAUGUCCGUGUUUUCGAAGAUAGAAUGGAUCUCAUGCGAGCAGCCAUUGUUGGUGCGUCAGGGACACCUUAUCAUGACGGGUUAUUUUUCUUCGAUAUAUGUUUCCCUCCCGAGUAUCCCAAUGAACCACCUAUGGUACACUACAUUUCUGGCGGAUUAAGAAUAAAUCCUAAUUUGUAUGAGUCGGGGAAAGUGUGUUUGAGUCUCCUAAAUACGUGGAGUGGUACCGCGACUGAAGUGUGGAACCCUGGAGCCUCCACAGUUCUUCAAGUCCUUCUCUCUCUGCAGGCUCUUGUCCUUAACGAAAAGCCUUAUUUUAAUGAAGCUGGAUAUGACCAACAAAUUGGUAGAGCUGAAGGAGAGAAAAACUCUGUGAGUUACAAUGAGAAUGCUUUCCUCCUCACCUGCAAAUCCAUGUUAGGUCUACUAAGAAAGCCGCCGGGGCAUUUUGAGGCAUUGGUGGAAGAACAUUUUCGACAACACUCAAAACAUAUACUCAUUGCUUGUAAGGCAUAUCUUGAAGGAGCUCCUAUUGGAGGUGAACAAAUUGAGCAUGAAAACCAGAAGGGAACUUCAACAGGAUUUAAAAUUAUGCUUGCUAAACUCCUCCCUAAGCUUGUUGAGGCAUUUUCUGAUAAGGGAAUCGAUUGCUCCCAGUUUGUUGACAUCCAAAAAUGAAAACUCGACGAAGUUGAGUUCACCAUCAAGGUUUCUGGUUCCAACCUAAUGUGUAAUAUUAAUUUGUUUUCAUGUAUCUGUAUAAUAUAUCAAGUUAAGCUUGAAGAAUGAAAUUGUAACAAAAAUAAAAACCUUGUGGUGUGUGUGUCAUAUGGCUUGCAUAUGUGAAAAUUUAUAAUGAGAAUAAAAACAGUUAAUUCUGUGACCA